CAAGAGUCGAGAGCAUGUACCUCUUCUUCAACCCAAACUUGGCCCACUUACUCAUUUGCAUUCCUUACCCACAAACGACCACCCGGCGCGUGUACAAACCCCGCCGGUUCUCACUUUCCCCCAAAAAAUGAGCUUCUGCUGCUAGCCUGCUUCAAAUUUUCGCAACCAAAAUACAUUGUCCCCCAUCACUAGCAAACGUGUACAUCCUCUUCGGCCUUGUAUUGGCUCGUGGCUCAAACGCGAGAGGUUGUCCCGUGAGUCCAAAGCUGCCGAACUUCGUUCAGCUGUGUAUAAUAUAUCCCUCGGCUUCACGGGGCACGAUUCUCGGCCACUACCAAAAAGAAAAAAAGACAGAACGGCAGAGCAUCACACGGCUCCACUCCAUUCCAUUGCUGCCAUCCACCAGUGCUGUGAGAUAAGGAUAGAAAAAGAGAGCGCACUCUGGUUGUUGGUUCUUAGAUAGAGAAGGUGAUUGGAGCGAGGAGAUCUGAUCGAAUUUUGUCUAGACCUUACUCUUCCUAAGUGUUCGGGGUGGUGAAAUUGGGGUUUUCUUUUGUGAUUCUUUGGUUGAGAGCAAAAACUCUAGGGCAGAGGGCUUGCAGGAUUGGGACUUGGUGUUUCAGAAUCCUAGGGCUUUGAAUGUAUGGCUUCGGGGCCCAUAGUUGGAGAUGAAGAUGGGGCUAGAGAGAGGCGAAGGUAUGCAGAGAGCAAGGUCUAUACUAGAAAAUCCUUCAAAGGCCUGAAGAAAAACAUCACCAACACCGAUUCCGUGGCCACAAACACCGGCACCACCGGCAAGGAUGACAACGUUAACAAUGGUGACAGCAAGAAUGAGAAAGAUAGAGAUAACAAUGAUAAGAACGAGAGUAAAGAGUUGGCGGGGCCUCCAGAGCUGGCUGUGUUAGCGUCGGAGGAUGGAAAUUCGGCUCAGAAACAGCUCAUUUCAAGGCUUGAUGCCGUGUCACAUGAAUCUCCGAGCCUCAACCGGCAAGAGGAACAAGUGGUGGCAGUGCCGGGCACACGUGAUGAGCCAAUGGGGAAUGAAUCGGAAAAGCCAGUGUUGGACAAUAGGGUUAAGAUCCGUUUGGCGUCAAGGUCGAAGCAGGAGAUGAGGGAGCUUCGAAGAAAGCUUCAGAGUGACCUGGAGAUGGUCAGGAGUUUGGUGAAGAGGAUUGAAGUUAAGCAGGCGCAGAUUGGUAGGUAUAUUCAUUCUCAUAUGUCAGCCAAUGAUGGCAUCAAUAAUGUUGGCAGUGGAGCCAAGCGGGUUCACUCAGAGGCAGCUUCUAUUGAUGUCGGUGUUCCCCGUGAGGUGAACAGGCCUCUGCACCCGUUGAGCAUGUCAGUGCUGGAUAAUAGUCAGGGUUUGAGUGAAAAUGUUGAGAAAGAGAAGAGGACACCAAAGGCAAACCAGUUUUACCGAAAUUCGGAGUUUUUGCUUGCAAAGGACAAGUUUCCACCAGCAGAGAGUAACAAGAAGUCGAAAUCGAUUGGGAAGAAGCAAGGCGGGGGAGAAUUGGGACAUGGCUUUUGGAUGGGUACCAAGUUUUACAAGAGUUGCAGCUCUUUGCUCGAGAAAUUGAUGAAGCACAAGCAUGGGUGGGUGUUUAAUGCUCCUGUGGAUGUAAAAGCUCUUGGGUUGCAUGAUUAUUUUAGCAUUGUCAAGCAUCCAAUGGACUUGGGUACGGUGAAAUCAAAGCUGAACAAGAAUUGGUACAAGUCUCCAAAGGAAUUUGCAGAGGAUGUUAGACUUACCUUUCACAAUGCUAUGACCUAUAACCCAAAAGGGCAAGAUGUUCAUCUAAUGGCAGAGCAGCUAUUGAAGAUGUUUGAAGAAAGAUGGGCUAUUAUAGAAUCUGAUUAUACUCGGGAGAUGAGGUAUGCGAUGGAUUAUGGGGCGGGACUUCCUACACCUACAUCGAGAAAUGCUUCUCAAUUCCCACCACCACCUCUUGAUUUGAGAAGGAUUUUGGAUCGAUCAGAUUCAAUGACUAUCGAUCCCAAGUUGAAGCCCAUGAGUACCACUCCUUUGGCUAGGACCCCAGCUCCCAAGAAGCCUAAGGCUAAAGAUCCCCAUAAAAGGGACAUGACUUAUGAUGAAAAACAGAAGCUGAGCACAAACCUUCAGAAUUUACCUUCAGAGAAGCUUGAUGCAAUUGUACAGAUUAUUAAGAAGAGGAAUUCCACACUUUGCCAGGAUGAUGAUGAGAUUGAAGUAGACAUUGAUAGUGUAGAUACUGAGACUCUCUGGGAGCUCGAUAGGUUUGUAACCAAUUACAAGAAGAGUUUGAGCAAGCACAAGAGAAAAGCUGAACUUGCUAGUCAAGCCCGAGCACAAGCUGAGCAGAAUGUCCAGGAGAAGAUUCAGGCUCCAGUUGUGGCAGAGGUACCAAAGGAAAAUACAGCAGAUGAAAGAAAUGUUCCCACUAUGUCACCUGUGCAAGGGGUAAAACGGGUGGACAAUGGGAGUAGGUCAAGUAGUUCAAGCAGCUCUAGCAGCGAUUCUGGAUCCUCUUCAAGUGACUCUGACAGUGACACUUCAUCAGCAUCUGGAUCUGAUGUUGGGUCACCAAGAACUUGAGCUUAUCCUGUGCAGAUCUAAGAAUUUUGGACCAGUUGGUGGUUAAGUAAUUUGACGCUUUCAGGUUACGGAUUUGAAUCACAUUUGGCAUACAUAAAAUGCAUUUUCUAGGCCAGUAGCCUUCUUGCCAUUUUCGGGUGGGUGUGCAUUUCUUGCUGCUGUUAUGAACUAGUGCCCCGUUACUUACAAAUAGCCUCAUUUCCUAGUCUCAGAUUUGUAUAUUAUUUGUAGAAUGUGAUUAUAAUUUGAUGUAGUUAGUUUUUUGGUAGAGCAUUUGUACAUUGCUAACUAGUGUUGCUCAUCUAGAUUCAGUUCACAGAUUAGUCGUAGCAGAGUCAGGAGUCAGGAUUCUUUGGUGUUAGAAAAACCAUGCUGUAAUUCAAGUUCAUGAAGAAGGCAUAAUUGCUCCAGAA